UCGCCCAAAUUUAUUGAUAAUCAAUCAUGAUGAUUUUUCAAAAAACUCUCAAAAUUUAUUUUUUCUUAUUCUUUUUCCCCACCUUUUUGACAUUUUCAUUGGCAAUUAACUGUUAUGCUGGUAGCAGAGGAUACAUCAACGGAAAACAUAUUCAAAACUUUUUCAAUGAGACUUGUGAUGAUGGAAUGAAGUACUGUGUGGAAUCUUAUAGUGAAGAUUUUGAUACGGUCACCGCGAGUUGUCAGACGUUGAGUACAAGCAGAAGAAUCCUGAAUUUGUGCGAGGGUGAUCGAGUUUCCACAAACAUCGGAGUGACAACGAGAUGCUGUUCGGAAAACAUGUGUAACGAUGUUGGAAUUGAGAAAAGGACCAAGAAAGAUUCAAGUGCAGGGAAACAAAAAAUUGAACAUUAAAUUCAAUGAGCGUUUUUUAAGUUGAAAACAAAGUUCGAAAACCGUA